AUGCUCGUAUCCAUUCUUCUACUAGCGGCUUUGAGCAAGGCCACGGUUACAAUUCUCGAUCCCAGUGACUUUGCAGACUUAGCAGCUGAUGCUGCCGAUAAUGCGCUCACUGCGGAUUGGGAUUACGCUCCACUUUCCUAUCAGGCAUACUCAAUCACUGGGCCCUACGUCUAUAACGACACCUCCAAAGAAGUCUCCCACAAGACACUUACAGUUGCCGCAAACGACACCAGCGUUGUCGUGAUCACGGAGGACUCGCAAGUCAAUAUCUCUCAGUCUACUGUGAUAAAGCACGGCUACUCGACUGACUUGUACCAAUCGAGCUUUUAUGGACUGAAUGCUGCGGUCAAUAUAGCAAAUGCCUCCGUUGCCUAUCUAGACAAUGUCAAUGUGACGGUUCACAAUGGAGCCGCCAACGUCUACGUUUAUGGGAACAAUUCAUACGCAUAUGUUUCAGAUUCGUCGCUAUACAGUUCGGGACCAGUGUCUCAUGGAUUAUACGCUGCUGGCUACGGUACUGUGGUUGGCAAGAAUCUUCGCCAUUAUUCAGGAGCAUACCGAUCAUCCUCAUUUGCCGGUGACAGCCCCAAGGGAUACGUCUACGUCUACGACUCCAUUGCCCACACUGCAGGCAUUGGAAGUGCGAUUUUCUACGGGCAAGGUACCGUGUAUGCAGAGAAUAUAAUUGGUCAUGCGCAACAGGCUCCCAUCGCCUUUCUAGAUGGCUCGCAAAUCGAUAUCCACGAAUCGGAUUUGACUGCCGGACUACUCGCGGGUGUUGUCACCUUCUCAUCUGGGACUCGCCAGUCUGGGUCAGAGAUCAGUUUCACCAAUUCACGCCUGACUGUGCUUCCUGAUGAGGCAGCUGGGCUGUGGUUCGGCAAUGUGAUAGCAAGUGCCAGCCUAGUGCGGUCCCAAAUCAAUACUACUUCGGGCAUCUUGGCCAUCGCAAAUUACUCCCAAGUCACCCAGGACUUUAACUACUUUGCCGAAUCUACUGCCGCUGCUGAAGCUACGAUCACAGUCUCCGAGUCGGCGCUUGCUGGGGACUUAGUCGCUUACAAUGGAAGCUCAAUCAACUGGAGCUUGGGCAAUUAUUCAACGUGGACUGGCAAAGCAUACUCUGGAUAUGGGAAUGCAUCGUUCUCGGUUUCGCUUGACGCUAGUUCAUCCUGGAUCAUGACGGGACACACCGUCUUGACAAACUUUACCGAUGCAGAUACCACUUUGAGCAACGUUCAUAGUGCGGGAUACAACCUCUACUAUGACUCUAGUAGCGCUCACAAUAGUUGGCUGAAGGGCAAUACCCAGAAGAUGCAUGGUGGAGGGUACUUGAAACCCGCGAGCAAGUCACAACUACGAGGAUCUCAUUGA